GUAAAGAUGUUUAACUUCUUAUUUUAGCUGUUUAAAGAGAACAUAUUUUAUGAAGGAGACAGGCUUGGGCUUAAUUUAUUAGGCCACAUUUAAGCAGUAAUGUACAACAGUAGUUAUUCUAAAGCCAACUAUGGCUUGGCUGCCAAAAAGAUGCACAGGUCCAAAGGCAAGAGCUGUGGUUACUACAUGAAAAUUGUCUUCUUUUUCUCCUCACUCAUCCAGUCUUUGAUCAUUGCGAGUUUGGUGCUUUUCCUGGUGUACGGACAACCCGAGCACACUGUGGAGGAGAAGAGACUGCAAGAGCUGGACCAAAGUGUUGGCAAACUGACCAUGGAAAACUACAAUCUCCGUGAGAAGACAAAGAACCUAACAAAACAUUUGAACAUCACUCUUACUGCAAAGAUAAUCAAUGACAAAUCUCUGUUUGAAUUAAGACGAAUGGCAAAUGUUUCAUCUGCAAUGAUAAAGAACUUGCAAAUGAAAAUGGCUCAGUGUGAGAUGGAAAAACGAACACCUCAAGUAACCCGUUCAUUCACUCCUACUACAUUUUGUCCGGAUCCGAAUGAAAGCAACAGACAAUUACGACUUCUGCUCCAGAAAUCAGAGGAUAUGCUUAAGCUGGUCAAAUCCAACUUUACACAGAAGAUGGACUAUAUGAGAAUUGAAUUAGAAAACUCCAACAAAGCCAAGGAUCAGUUUCACUUAGAAACCAUUGAACUCAGACGCAGCAAGGCUUAUCUUCAAGAGGAGCUCGACUUGUAUCAAAAGAAGUGCAAAGAGGAUUUUGUCGCAUCUUUACAAGGGAUCCCCAACGUCACCAAAGAAUUUCUCAAAAGAAUCGAUGACCUGUUUUCAAAGCACAUUAUUUUCCAGCUAACGUGCGAUAAGCAAAAAAUUCAACUUGAAAACAUCCGUGAAAACUGUAGCAGUCUGUCAAACGAGGUUGAGAACAAGCUCCAGUCGUAUCUGGAUAUAGUGGGGAACCAGUUCACCAAAAUUAAUGGUGAAAAUGCCAAAUAUGCGACAGAGAACAAACGUUUCAGAGAAGAUGCUGAUUGGUGCAAUCAGAAUCGCAGUGCGAUGGUUCGAGAGAAUCGUAAGGUUCUGGAGCAGAUUCAACUAAAACAUGAUCAAGAUACCGAACGAUUACUGACGGAGCGAAAGAAGUUGCAAGGAGAUAUCCAGUUGAAAGAAGAACUACUCUCCGUGAAAGAAAAGGAUAUUAAAAUGCUUGCCCUUAGUGUUGAGACUCUCAAUAUUUCCCUUGCCAGCUGUAAGACACCCAUGAGAACUUCAUUUGGUUCGAACUCCUUUGGCUCCACUGGUCAAGGAUAUCCCAAUUUUGGUGCAGGAUCAAGCACAAGAUGGGGCAGUUUAGGAACGGGUGCAACCGGAUCACUUGGUACAUCUCAGGGUGGGCUAGGAUCAAGUAGAACAGGGACAAGUGAAUUGGGGGGAAUUGGGACAGGAUUAGCAGGAUUUGGAUCAAGUGCAACUGCAACUGGCAAUUUAGGAUCAAGUGGAUCGACGUCUUUCGGUAGUGCUGGAUCAAGUACAGCUUUGGGGAGCAAACCAGGGCCAGCAGGUGUUGGUUUUGGCCCAGCGGCACCCAACAUUCCUGGAUUUGGGGGAACUGUUGGAGGCGUAAGAACAGCAAGUGGAAGUGACAGCCAAAUGUUAAGCCAAGUACAGAUAAAUAACCACUUGAAGGAGCUGCAUCGUUAUUCAAUUCCAGCCUAAAGGAGUGAACAACAUCCUGGCAGCAUCUUAGUUUAAACCAGGAUAAUCUGACUGAUUUAUGAACUGUUGUGUAAACGUGAUGAUAAUAAUAUCGCAAUGUACCCACCCUACAAGUCUGUAAUGUUAUUAACUAACUAUUAACAUGAAUAUUAUUAAUGGAUAGAGAUCAUGUUUUUGUGCAUUAAAGUCAUUUAAGCUUGUAUAUAUUUUGUUUGAUAUUUAUAGAAGAAAAUAAUAUGAUUAUAAGACAAACUGAAAAUAUGUUUUCCUAAAAUAGACCUAUUAUUGUUGUCAUUGUCUUUUAGUGUAUAAAAGUAUAUGUCCUCUAUAAUGCUUUCAUACCAAAUAAAAGUGAAAUAUACCAUUAA